GGAAGGAAAAGAAAACAACACAGCUGCCCAGUGGUGAGUGAAGAGCAGAGGCAGUACUUGGUGCAUCUCCAUUAAAAGGGGCCUCUGCUCUACACCACUGCUGCUGGAUCAGAUCUCCACAUUCUACCAUUCAACAAGUCUAUCUGAGAACUAUUCAGCUCGCCUCAGUGGGGAGAAGCAAACAGUUUCACAGCAAGACAGAAUGGCAAGCUUGAGGCACAGUCCCUCAAAGGAGCCUGAAAUUGAGCUUUUUGUGAAGGCUGGUCUGGAUGGAGAGAACAUUGGAUAUUGCCCCUUCUGCCAACGCCUCUUCAUGGUGCUCUGGCUCAAAGGAGUCAAAUUCAAUGUGACCACAGUGGACAUGACCAGGAAACCAGAAGAGCUGAAAGACUUAGCACGGUUCCUGCUGUUCAACAAGGAGUUGAAAACAGACUUCAUUAAGAUAGAGGAGUUUCUGGAGCAGACCCUGGCCCCACCUAGGUACCCACACUUGAGCCCCAAAUACAAGGAGUCCUUUGAUGUGGGCAGUGACAUCUUUGCCAAGUUUUCAGCAUACAUCAAGAACACGCGCAAGGAAGCCAAUGAACAUUUUGAAAGAGCUCUGCUGAGGGAGUUCAAACGCUUGGAUGACUAUCUGAACACACCACUCCCUGAAGAGAUUGAUCAGGACAGUACUGAGGAAGUCCUGGUCUCCAAAAGGAAGUUCCUGGAUGGCGACAGACUGACACUAGCUGACUGUAACCUGUUGCCCAAGCUGCAUAUCAUUAAAAUUGCUGCUAAGAAAUACCGAAAUUUUGAGAUCCCAGCAGACAUGACAGGCAUCUCGCGCUACCUCCACAAUGCUCACAGCUGUGAUGAAUUCACCCACACGUGCCCUGCAGAUGAGGAGAUUGAACGCACCUAUGCCACUGUUGCCAAAAAGAUGACCUAGGGUAGGCAGCCAUGUGAGAGGUUUUUUGGAGCUCCUUUUGCAGAUGGAAAUGCUCCCAAGAAUGAUGCCAUCUUCUGAAUGUCCAUGCCAGUAGGAGCUGUCAUGCCCUUCCACAUUCAGGCACUCCAGGGGAGGAAUCUUUUAAGACAUAAUUAGUAAUAACCUUUUGGAAAUAACUCCCUUGCUUCACAAAAUCUGCUGAUGCUACUCUACUCCUGUGUAGAUUGACUGUACCCAUUAUAUUAUAUCUCUGACUACUGUACAUAUAUGUAUGUUACUACCCAGCUGCAGAAGCCAUUGCUCUUUUAUUCCUGAAAGACUGGGAUUUCCAAGAGUCUUCUGAAACCACCAGCAUUUGCUAUGUAAAAUGUAGCAGAGUGGGUGACCAUGUGGCACAGAGACGCAUAAGCACCAGCUUUUCACAGCUCCAGGACAGGGUGCAAGUGAUAUCUUUAAACACUGAAUAAUGCAUCUUCAUAAAUUUCUAGAUUUGAAAGCCAGCAGGAACCAUUAGAGCAUCCAGGCUGAGUCCAGGAUGCCACUGACCAUUACAUUUCCCUCAGACCCACCUGUCAUUUGUGUUUGGAUAAAGCAAACCUCCCAGAGAGGCACCCUAUCCUGAACUGAAGAUAUCAAAAGCUGGAGAACCCACUACUACCCUUAAAAGUUUAUUUAAUUGGUUAAUCAACCUCCCUGAUAAAAAUUUGUUCCUAAUGCCUCAUUGAAUUUGCAGGCAUUCCAUCUACUCCCUGUGCUCAGGAGGUACACAGGGCUGUGAUUGCAGGAGCUAGCUGCUGGUUUGGAAUGAGGUGCACUGACAAAGCCAGAGGAAGGCCAAAACAUGAAGGACUCUGCAGGGCAUGGAAGUGACCAAAGCCAUUGAACUACAGUCUUAUUCUCCUCUCCUGCCAGUUUUACAUGGCAGCAUCUCCACUGAUUUCAGUGGAUUUCCCUUGAUUUAAGUCUAAGUUUAGAGGAGAAUUAGACUUAUACACCCCAGUUGCAGUGCAGAGCACCAACAGCAGAGAUCCCAUUCUGAUCAUGUCAUUUGUCUAGUGAGUGCCCCAGAUGGACUAAAAAACUCAGCCAAGACAUCUGUUCCUUUCUUCCUGGCUGUGGUAUGCAUUGCUGAACUCAGGCAUUCCAUUCCUAGAGCUCUGAGUCCACUCCAACAAUUCAGGAGAGGGUCCCCUUUGAGUUGAGGGGGCAGACGUUCAUGAUUUUGGAAGAGGCCAAGAACUUGUAUCCAAUUCCCACAUUCUACUCACUCAACAACCAACCAGUCAAUCCUGGUGAGCAAAAAUCACUUUGCUAUGUAAAGCAAACUAAGUUUUACAGUGUAUCUAGGUGUGUGUGUGUGUGUGUGUGUGUGGCUCAGAUUCACAACUUGAUGCCACUCAUGUAGAUGCACUGAAGAACAACAACAGCUGAGGAUCUGGCUCACAUAGGCGUCUAGCAUAAGAAACUGAUGCUGAUUCGAGAGAGAGGAAAAAAAGCCCUUUUCUAACACUGCUCGUCUGUGGAGUUCGUGCCAGGCCAGGCCAUAAACCAGGAAGUUGGAAGGUGAUGACCAAUGCUCUUUCCAGAUCUCCUCCCUCACUCUUUAGGGUGCAAUUCUUCCCUAUCUGAGCAUGAGGGAAGUCACAGGCACUUUGCAUGCUCAUAAACCUCCCACCCCCAUCCAGUUUUUUCCCUAAGUGGCCACAUGACUAUCAAAACCCAUACCUGUGAAUUCAGCCAGCCCUUUGCCAACUGAAUAGAAGCCAAUGGUGAUGUAGAAAUACUGUACCACUGUAAUAAUUCUGCCUGUUAUGUCAUAACAGCUGUAGCUAUGCACUGGGCUUGGAAUGGCUAAGGGCCUAUAAAAAACUCACUAAGCUUUUCUUUCACAGGUUUGCACUUAACACUGAAUAUUCACACUCCUGCUUCUGAUAUAUAUAUUUUUACUAGAAUGACAAUAAACUUUAUUUUAUAUACAA